AUGACGGCCGAAAUGCGAGACAUGAUCAAUCAACUCAUGGGGACAAAUCGAGCAGUGGAGGAGGGUCGGCGCCUUGUACCUUACAAUCAUCAUACUGUAUGCCGAGCUUUUCUUCUUGGUUGCUGUCCACACGAAAUUCUGGCUGAUACUCGUCUUGAGUCACUCGUCGCUUGCAAUAAGGUUCACGAAAGCGCCCACAAAGCUGAUUAUGAGAACGCUCAGAAGCAACGAGAUCAUUUUUAUGAUAUUGAUAGUUUUGAAAGAUUGGAAGAGGCAAUCCGUAUCGUUGAUAAAGAAAUUGAACGGACAAAAGAGAAAUUAAAGAAAGACUGCGAAAAUGAAAUUGAUCAGGCAGAGAUUCUGAAGACACAGAUGAUUGGGGAAUUAGGUGAGAAGAUUGGAACAACAAUUGUAAAAAUGGAAGCAUUGGGAAAUGAGGGUAAGGUUGAAGAAGCAAUGGAAUUAUCGAAAACCAUUGAGGAAUAUAAAAGGAAAAAGCGAGAUCUUGAGAAUGACGUGCGGACAGUAUUGAACACACCACAAGUAAGACUUCGUGUAUGUGAUAUGUGUGGAGCACAACUGAGUUUAAUGGAACAUGAAACGCGUUUAGCUGAUCACUAUGGUGGUAAAAUGCACUGUGGUAUGGAAACUAUUCGUGAACAGUACAGCGAAAUGAAGAAAAUAGUUGAAGGAAGACGUGCGGAAUGGAAGAAGGUUCGGCUUGGCUUGGGGAGUCCACGAGAUGAGAGGAAUGAUCGCGACAAGAGAGACCGUGAUUAUCGUGCUCGGGAACGUGAUCAUGAUUCUCGCGACCGGGAAAGAGACAGAGAGAGAGAUCGGGAUCGGGAUCGUGAUCGUGAUCGUGAUCGUAAUGGAGAUCGUUUGCGUGAGAGGGACCGUGAACGAAGACGCAGUCGUUCGCCACGACGUCGGUCUCGUUCUCCCCGCUCUGCCCGUGAUCGAGAAAGGGAUGAAAGACGAAGCGAACGCGACAGACGCCGAAGCCGUGAUCGUCGAUAA